CACUCGGCCCUAAUCUACAAAUAAAUUGAGAUGCUGUUGCUGGAUGAGGCAGUAAGGCUCUCACGGAGGGCACUGUCAGGGCUGGUAGUUUUAAACAAGGGUCUGCUGCUGCAGGUGGGCACUGUGGUUCAACUCACUGGCAUGGCUCUGCCACUUGGGGUCUCCUGGCUUUGUAUUAUAUUGUUACGGGGCUGUGUUUCAUUUCAGGUUGAGCAAGGUAACAAUAUUGGCCAUGGCUAUGCUCUCAAUGAUGACUUCAGUAGCCUUGGAGGUGUACUUGCUCAAGAUACUUCAGACCAGUUGUAUUCUGGAGCAUCUUCGAACACUGGCCAUGACUCUGUUAAUCAAAGAGAUCAGAUGCAAACAAUGCGGCCUCACAGCUUUGUUCCCCUUCAGAGAGAACCAGUCCCCCCUGUGCACAGAAAGGGGCUUAGGAGGCCCAGUAUUAGGCCCACUGAAAUGAGGAUGAAGCAAAAUAAACCUGCCUCAAAAUAUGACCCCAACAUGUUUUUUGUGAUCCCCUCUACACCUGUUGUGCGAAAACCAGAGCGGGCUAACAAUGGUUAUAAUCAACAUUCCAGUGGCUUUUUAAUGAUGGGGCAUAAACAAAAUGAAGUUGUGGAAGGUGUCAGUUUCCCAACAAUCCAAGAUUUAAAAUACUUUAUAGAGUCUAUGAAAACCUCCUACCUGAAGCCAGGAAGUGACAUGAAUAUGCAUUUUCAAACAGCCCAGAAAACACUGGAAAAUGAGAUUCUCUCUAGCGCUCAGGGCAGUAAUGAAGAGUCUCCCACUGACUCUGGGUCUAAUUCUGUGAGGAAGAAGCCUGCCCAAAAAGGCCCAAGUGAAAAUAAAGUUUGGGAUGAGCCUAUGAAUACAGAGUUUCAACAGGGUACCAACGCCCAAAUGUCAAGUGAAAGCCUCUCUGUCUCUGAUCCUGCUAUUUCCUCUUCAAGUCUUGUCUCUACUGGUGAAUAUGACAGACAGGACUCUGGUCCAGGACAUGCUUUCUACCUUAGUCCUGGUUUAGAAGAACUAAAACAUGUUUCAAGUAACUUUGAGAGUUUGAUGAGUAAUUUUCAUGCGCAAGGUAAAAAUGUUCAGUUAACCAGUGACAAGCUGUUUGAACAAAGAACACUUCCUAUGAGCUCAUUAUCUGGUGAGGUGAGAAAACCUUCUGGCUGGUCUGAUAAACCCAGUGCCGAAGUUCCCAGAGUUCAGAAGCCAAGUGAAGCUCCUAAAGCUCAUGAUGUCUUCUCUGUGCAAAAGCCCUUGUCUUCUAGUGCAUCCGAGCAAAUUAAACCAAGUUCUUAUGGCAGAAGUUUGUAUGUCAAUACAAGAGGCAACCUUUCCAUCCCAGCUCAACUGCACAAACAUGAGAUGAAACCAUCCCCAUUGGUUAAGACUGUCUCUGUUGACAAGGCGUCAAAAGACAUAGACCACCCGUCCGCUGUCCAGCUGCUUGUGUCCAGUGGUUUUCAUUCCAGCUCAAAUAUCCGUUCACCUCAAAGGAACGCUGGUCAUGGGAAUAUCCAAGCAGCCCGCCCACAUGACCCUCAGGGUGAACUGUCCACCACAAAGCAGCCAGUGAAAUCCCACCUUGGCUGGGCUUUUAAUGUGAAACCCUCCAGCUUUCAUAAUGGCUCAAGUGGACAUGAUGAUUAUCUCAGUGAACACAGAGUUGAUGCGACUCACCGCUCCGUCCCUAAUGCCCAGGCAGAAGGCCAGGAGAAAUCAGACCUCUCCACGCAGAAUAAAGCCCCCAUCAUUCAGGAACAAAAACACAUGACCAAUAACAAGCCCUAUACCCAGAUUCCUGUUUUCACUGGCUUUGAUUCUACCCAAAAUGGGCUCACAGCUCAGGCCAGUGAGAGCGAUGGGACUUUCAACGCUCCUCCUGACCCAGCUCCAAGCUCAGAACCAAAGGAAGUCCUUGCAAGCUUAGUUGCCAGUGACUCUGACUUCCAUAGCUUUCACCCUAUAAAUAGAGGCAAGAAAGGCAUGUUCAGGAAUACUGGUACAAAUAAUAUGAUCUCCAGUGGGUUUCCAGGGACAUUCAACCCAAACAUCAUGCAAAAAAAUAAAGUUUCCAAGCAGAUCCAUCGAGCCAACAUCAAAGAGCCCAGCAACGUGAUGCACAGACCUGCUGAACGACGGCCUGUGUCCAAAGGUUUUUAUUCUGCUUGUAGUCGGAGUAGCCUUGAUCAGAGGAAUGGUGGCUAUGAAAAUUCCCAAAGGCGUACACUUCGAACGGGCUCACGCAUGCCCUGUCCACUUCUACCCAUUUACAUUGUCAAGUCCAGAAACGGCUAUGUAAGAGGCAAAAUGUUUUUCUCACAAACUCUGUAUAUGCCAUCUUGGCGAUCUGAUGGCAAGGUUGCCACAAGUCGACAUGGAUACAAAAGCACCAGAUCCCAAAAUGUAAAAGGACUUGAAGUACAGUGAAGCAGACUGAAAUGCUUCCCAUGCCUGAGCUAAAACGGAUCUGUCGUCAUGAGCUUCUACACCAAAUGAAAACUAGAAAAAUAUCUAAUUUAUGCUGUUUUACAUAUGACACAAUCUUAUCAAUAAAGAAACUGGGAUUAUUUUUCAGCUCACA